AUGACCUGGGUAGCAUUCCCCUCAUUCUUCCUCCUCUCCUCUGCACUAGGAGCAACAUUAGCUGCCAGCCAAUGGACAGGCCCUCGGAUGGAGGACUGUGAGCCAAAAAUUUGCGGGCAAACAAACGUCUCAUACCCAUUCUGGCUCCCCGGACGACAACCAUCCUACUGUGGCUUUCCCUCCUUCAGCCUUACGUGCGACAACAACGUGCCCACCAUCCAAAUAUCCGGUCAAGAUCAUUACAUCCAGAGCAUCUUCUAUCAGAACCAAUCCAUGUUGGUUGCCAACGCCGAAUACGUAGAUGACAGUUGCCCAGUUGCCCAUCUAAACCUCUCAGUUGAUCCCAAAUCAUUCACCAUCAGCUCGGCCAAUAAGGCUCUACUCUUCUCUUAUUGCCCAGAACCACCGCCGAAUCAGUAUAGAGUACCUUGUGCUUCUACCAAUACUUCUGUCUUUCUUGGUGGUAGCAUGAUGCCUAGCCACAUAAAUUUAUCAAGCCAAUGUGAUACUGUCGUUGCACCAGUCUUGGCCUAUCCAGGAGCUAAUAGUAGCGAUUAUGCGACCCUUCUGAAGAACGGAUUUCUUUUGGACUGGACAGUCACCGAUUGCACAGAGUGCGCAACAAGUGGAGGCAAGUGUGGGUAUGCGAACACGACACAGCAAUUUAUCUGCAUCUGUGCUGAUGGAGCUCAUUCCACAAUCUGCAGCUUGCUGCCUAAUAUCAAGAAUCUUGCAGCAGUUAUGAGAUUCCAGUUGCCAGAGUUCUCAUUCAUCUCCUUGGAGGGAGUGAGGAUCUGCAAUUGUAGACCUUCUUCUGUUAACUGA